CUGUGGGCGUUCGAAUAGAAACUUCUGUCCAAAGUGACAGAGUGUUCCUUUAAUUGAUCUGACUCUGUCAACACAGUAUAUUGGAGUACACAGUUUGGCUUUUGGUUUACAGUGUCAUAGUACCCAAUAAGUGAUAAAUCACAACAGUAAUGAAUGAAUCUGAUAGUAUCUAGUCCAACCACAUGUUUAGACUGGUGAAACCAAAGCAGUUGACCAUACAAAGAGCCUGUCUCUUUAUUUUUACAUGGUGUAGUGAGCCAUGAUCGGUCCAGGGUUGAUUAUUAACCAGCCAACAGGGGGGCGGCAGUGGUUGAGUCCAGGCACUACGCUGUCCAGCCUAGAGAAGGCUGGUUGUUUGGAAAUGAAGCUGUGUCUUCUUCUUCUUUUGUUUUGUCUCUGCCACCUGGGACUGACUGAGGACCCCAGUCCAGGAGCUCCUGAUGUUUUCGAUCCUGUAGAUGAAGACGAGGAGACGGAGGAUACGCUUCACGGCUGUAGAAAAAAGGCAUUCAGUUCUGAGGAACACCAGGCGAUAGGGGGCGCUAUUGAGCAACUGGGUUUACAGCUCCUAGAAAAUCUUCCUAUUGGUCCACAGCAGCCUAAUGUCAUCCUAUCACCUCUAAGCCUUGCCUUUGCCCUUGCUCAGCUCACCUUAGGUGCUUGCAACGAGACAGAGAAGCUGCUGUUGAAGAGCCUUCAUGCCCACAGUCUGCCAUGUUAUCACCACAUACUGGGAAGCCUUGUACCUCAUUUCAGACACACAUCGUUGGAUGUGGCAACACGAAUGUACCUGAGACCAGGAUUUGAAGUGAAGUUGUCUUUUGUUGAGGACUCUUUGGCCAGGUACCAAUCACGGCCAGUCCCUCUGGUCUCUGUGGAAGAGGUCAACCAGUGGGUGGAGAACGUCACCAACGGUCACAUUCCCAACUUCCUGGAAAGUAUUCCUCAUGACGUGGUGCUUAUGCUCAUGAAUGCCGUGUACUUCAAAGGUGAAUGGCAGACUCGAUUUGACCCCCAAGCAACCUCUAAGGGAGCGUUCUACCUGGACAGCCAGAACUCAGUGUCGGUGGACAUGAUGAAGUCUGCCCAGUACCCCCUCCGCCUGCUGGAUGAUCCAGAGCUGGAAGCACAGGUCGCCAGUUUUCCCUUCAAGGGAAAUACCAGCUUCUUGAUCGUCCUGCCUUUGCCAGGCAGGGCAAACGUGUCAUCAAUGCUUCCCAAACUGAACAUCUCUGACCUCUACAGACGUCUACCUCAGGAGAAGACAAUGCAGGUCAACUUACCGAAGGUGAAGCUGCAGUACCGCCAGGAGCUCCAGGAGGCGCUGACCAACAUGGGCCUCGGCUCUCUGUUUUCAGGUCCUGACCUCUCUGGAAUUUCUGACCAGCCUCUGCGGGUGUCGAGUGUCCGCCAUGCCAGCACCGUCGAACUUAGCGAGGAAGGCGUGGAGGCGUCCGCCACCACUGUUGUAACCUCCAUGCGCUCCAGUCUCCCCUUCUCCGUCAACUCUCCCUUCCUCUUCGCCCUCAUCGACGACGCCUCCUUGACCCCCCUCUUCAUGGGCAUCGUCACAAACCCUGCUCCUGACAACAACCCCAUGCUCAACGAUGAUCCCCACGGCAACAGCACCAUGGGCGACCAACCUGUGACGGACAGUGCAGGGGAAAGAGACAUUAAUAAACACAGCGACAGGUUGUGCAGCAAGAUAGAGUUGGUAGAAGACAGUGGCCUGCAGACAUGCAGUGACCCUGCUGGUGAGGAAGAGCAGCUGCAGAGUGUUAACGGACUGGAGACGAAGACACAGGGAAAAGAAAUCUCCAAACCAGACGACUCUGUACCUGCCUGAAGUUUCAGAGCUGAUUCAUUAAAGGAAUAGUUCGGCAUUAUGGGAAAUAAUGUUUGUUCUCUUUCUUGCUGAGAGUCAGAUGUUCAGAUUGAUCUCAUGUCUGCACAAUAAAUAUGAAGCUACAGGCAGCAACCGGUUAGCUUAGCAUAGCAUAACAAUUGGAAAUAAUUACCCUGGCUCUGCCAAAAGGUAAUCUCAUCAUCUAAUCUCUGCAGGAAAGUGAAUUAGUAUAAUUCCCAUAUUGUCGGACAUUUCCUUUAACGUAGAUUCAGUGGACAAACACCUUGGUCUAUUGUAGUUUAACAUGGAAAAAUACAAAUGCACUGCAACUGUAGUGACCAGUAUCAAGUUUUCUAUGACAGAGUCAACAAUUUGAAAUAUUAUAAACUCUGGUGAUGUUGUAUAACCUGUCAGGGGUCUCCUGUGAUGACAAUGUUAGUACAGUUUUCAGUGACUGUGUAUGAUGCACUUAGGAGGCCUGGCUUUACAGCUGAACUGCCCUGUACACACACUUAGAAAAUUCCCUUUGAGAAAACAUGAGGUUGUUUCAUACACAAAAACAAUAUUCCUUCCAACAAGCUAUGCAGUAUGAUGGGUUUUUUCUUGGCAGAUGUUUUAUCUGCAAUGUAAUGAUUUAAAUUUGAUAUUCAGUCCGGGAAAAUAAAAUGUUGACACAAGAGUGUGUUUGUAUUGUGGGAAAGAGAGUUACAGUACUUUGGAUUUGUUUGGAGGACUUUAACCUCUCAUGUGGAUUCACUCAGAGGAAAAAAAUCCAGCUCUUCUCAAAAAUUAAACCCUCUUCACUCUGUGUCCUGAGAUAAA